AUGUCAGCACUCCAUACAUUGACCAAUUGCGCCACAAGAGACUUGCAAGCCGCAAUGAAAAUCAACGGUACUAUUGGACCGUCGCUGUGCAUUGAUAAUCUAGAUAAAGAAGAACUGUCCGCCGCCGUCUGUGAGGAAAGAUAUCUUCUGAGGGACUUCUUGAUUGUAUUAGGCUCCUGA